AUGAGGCGUUUAUGGAGGUGGAGUGAUAAUUCAAUAAAAUCUGAAUCAAUAGAUAAUAUAAAGGAAGAAAAUUUUAAUAAUUUGGAGAAAAAAGAUUUAAAUGAAAUUUUACAAAAUAUUUCUAAAAUUGAAUUGCAAAAACUUGAUGCAUUUUAUGAAGAAAAGGAUAGUGAAAAUAAAGGAAAUAGAAGUAGUCCUAAUGAAAAUCCCUCACCACCAUCAAAUACAACAAGAGGAAGACCAAAAAAAGAGGUUUCUGCUUCGUUAAAUGAAAUAAGAUUAAAAUUAUUACAAUUACCUGAGCCAUAUGAAUAUAAUUCAAAGACAUUAUAUGAAUUAGCAAGACUUUAUAUGUUUGGUAACAAAAAAAAAAGUUAUGUUAAAGAAAAUUGGGAAGACUCUACUUUAUUUAAUCAAUUUAAAACAAAUACUAUGAAAAAUGAAAGUAAUCCAUUAUUUUUAAAUGAUUCAUUAGAUCUUCUUGCAACACAAGAAAUAAGAGAAUUACCUAAAUCUAGAAAGGAUAUACCCGUAUUGCCUAAAUGGCCAAGUCCAUUAAAAAAUAAUGAUCAAGAUAAUGUCGAUGUAGAAGAUAGAGAAGAUAUUUUAAGAAACCAUAUAAAACACUGGAAAAAAGUUAGAAGAAGUUGGCUUAAUUAUAGUAAAAUUAGAUAUCCACAACAUAGUAGAAGUAUGCAACUUUUAGAAACUGUUUAUGGUAUAUCUCAAGCAUCUCGUAAUAAAUAA